GUUUCGCUUCCAGCCGAGACGGGCGGUAAUGCGGGAAGCGAAACGGGGAGGUCCGCCUGCGACCCGCCCCGCGCAUGUGCCGCCUUGCUGCUCCGGCUGCUGAAGCUCUUGGGGGGCCCCGGGGCGCCUGCCGCGGCUCGGAGGUAACCCGUCCGGUCCCGCCGAGGCAGGCUGCCCGCACUCCGGCCCUCACGGACCGCGCCGCCAACGGGAGCCGGGAUUCAUUUUCGAACCUUUUGAAGAUUUUGUCAAAAUGGAACGUGAGUAUAUGGAGAAGAUAAACAAUUACUGUCAAAAGAGGGGACUUAAACUGCGUUAUGUUGAUAUCUGCAUGACCGGCCCAAGUCAUUGUCCUGAGUUCACUGUUGUGGUUCAAAUAAAUGGUGAAAAUUAUGGUACUGGCACUGGUAAAAACAAGAAGGAAGCAAAAGCAAUAGCAGCAAAAGUAACCUGGGAAAUGAUUGAGCGACAGCCAGAGAGUCCUUCAAAUAUGCAAGCUGCAAAAUUAACAAGUCCAACGACCACAUUAGCUUUACAAACCAAUAACUUUGUCAGCCUACUGAAUACCUAUUCACAAAAGACAUCGCAAAUAGUUGAUUAUCAUAACAUAAGCCGUACUGGAAAUGACCAUGCUCCCACGUUUUCUUGUAGCUGUACAAUUAGUGGGUUUGUGUAUGGAAUUGGCACUGGAGCUUCUGUAGGUGCUGCAAAACAAGCUGCUGCAAAACAAGCAUAUGAGAAGCUACAAGAGGAAGACGCUCUAACAUUUAGAAGUGAAAAAUCUGACAGCAAUUCUACAUUUAACAAACAUAGUAAUUCCUCUCAAGUUGCAACUCAGUCUGACUCAGACAGUAUUUGCUUUGAAGACUCAGCUCCAAAAUUAGUAGUAAAAAUGGAAGCCAUGGCAGUACAUGAAAAGCCUUCACCUUUUCAGAGAAACCCAAAUGCCGUGAAACCCAAAAGAAAAUUGGCAGCUAAUUUUGAUAGUGCAAGAAACAAAGAAGAGGCAAAAAGGAUGUCAGAUUCAAAUGACAGCUUGGAAGAUUUGGAUACAAAUACCAGUGAGAACCAAAGUCCAUAUACUGUGAAUAAAAGAUUUCUUGAGGAUUUUGAAAAUAUAGAACCUGUUGGUGAAGGUGGUUUUGGGAAUGUUUUCAAAGCCACAUCAAAACUUGAUGAGAAAACCUAUGCAGUCAAACGCGUUCGCUUCACAAGAGAUGUGAGGCGUGAAGUAAAAGAACUUGCAAGACUUGAGCAUGAAAAUGUAGUGCGCUAUCAUUCUUGUUGGAAAGGAUAUGACCGUGUAACUUUGCCGGACUCUGGAUAUGACUCUGUAACUUGGGCAGACUCCAGGCAGAAGUCAGACAAAGAAAUUCCCUGUCUUUUCAUCCAAAUGGACUUUUGUGAAAAAGGACCAUUGGAAAACUGGAUUACAAAGCAUAGACAAGACAAGGAUUAUCACAAGAUGGCAAAAAACAAAUUUUUACAAAUACUGAAAGGAGUGAACUAUAUCCAUUCUGAAGGGUUAAUUCAUCGAGACCUCAAGCCUCAGAAUAUAUUCAUAUCGCAUGAAGAUAAAAUAAAAAUAGGUGACUUCGGUCUUGUGACUUCUCAGGCGUCUGAAACUCUGACUGAGAACAGGGGAACAAAAUCAUACAUGGCACCAGAACAGUCUGGGGACACAUAUGGAAAGGAAGUAGAUAUUUAUGCACUGGGAUUAAUUGGGUUUGAAAUUCUUUCGGGAAUCAGCGGUCAUGAGAAAUCGAAGAUAUGGCCUAAUAUCAAAGAAGGUAAACUUCCAGAGCGCUUCACCAAGGAAUUUCCAGCUGAGGCAUCCAUAAUCAAAAAGAUGCUUUCAGGACACCCUAAAGGAAGAUACUCUGUAUCUCAAAUACUUGAAUUUUUUGAGUCUGUUGAUAAAGACGAUUUACUUAAAACUCGUAGUUAUUAAACACCCUUUUAAAAGGGCAUUUUGAAAACUGUAGGAUUUUGUUUGUUCGUUUUUCCUGAAAGGAACACGCAAGUUCCUUAAUAUAGCAAAAUUCUCCAGUUUCCUCAGUAAUAACAACUUGAAAUCCUGUGCUGAGAGAGCACCUUGAAGAUUCUCUCCCAUGCUGCCACUUUUUGAUCCCUUAUUGUAAUAUUGAGGCAUGCCUUCACUGUAACAAGUGUAGUGAAUACCUCUGAUGACCUUACUAUCAUCCUCAAAAAAGGUAACAGCAGUUUGCCUGUUACUCUUUAGUUAUAUACUUCAAAGAGUUCCAAUCUGACUGGACUGGAAGAAUUGUGUGUGUGACGGUGGAGAGCAGGGGGAAAAGACGGGCACAUUAGUCUUCAGAUGCUUGUCUUUGAGUUGUAUCUUGUGAAACUAUUCAUUGCUGUGGAGCCCACAGAACUCCAUAAAGGCAAAUGAGCAGAGAUAAAAUAGGUACUACGUGUAGUAAAGUACAGUAUGAUUUUUCUGAAAUGUUAAAUGGGUUAAAAGUGGAUGCUUCGUUAAAAGGAACACUAUAAAUACAUAGUGAUUUUUUAUAUUCUUAUAGAAAUUAUUGUUGAUGUGCUGCAAGUAUUUGUUGCUAAAUAAGAAAUCUGAUUUUACAUCCUUUUGUAAGGCCUGAAGUUGGUUUUUUAUCCUUAUAAUGAAUUACAAAUACAUAGAGCAUUUCACAA